UGCUUGCAGUAAUUUAACUGUGCACCGUUUUGCACUGCCGACUGCUAGAAAACAUCGAAUACAGAAGACGUGUUUGUUAGAAAAGAACAAUGUCCUUUCAGUUGCAAUCAGUUUUAAUCACAGAUGAAAUUGACACUCAGUGUGUCGAAAUUUUACAGAAGAAUGGAAUUCAAGUAGUGAAAAAUACAAAACUAACGAAAGAACAACUAUUGACAGAAAUUCCAAAAUAUGAUGGACUGGUAGUUAGAUCUGCUACUAAGGUAACAGCUGAUGUCAUCAAUGCUGGAACCAACCUGAAGAUUAUUGGUCGUGCAGGUACGGGUGUCGAUAACAUUGACUGUGAUGUUGCUACAAGACGUGGAAUUAUUGUGAUGAAUACACCAGGAGGAAACACACUAAGUGCUGCGGAACAUACUUGUACAUUGAUCUGUGCAUUAUCAAGACAUAUCCACCGAGGUGAUAGAGCUAUGAAGGAAGAAAAAUGGAGUGAAAGAAAAGUUCUGAUGGGUAACGAGCUUUAUGGAAAAACCCUGGCCAUUAUAGGUUUAGGCAGAAUUGGUAAAGAAGUAGCUCUAAGGAUGCAGUCAUUUGGGAUGACAACCAUUGGUUAUGAUCCUAUCAUCCCAGCUGAAGUUAGUGCAGAGUUUAACACAGAAUGGAUGCCACUUGAGAAGAUUUGGCCACUAGCUGAUUAUAUUACAGUUCAUACACCACUCAUUCCACAGACCAGAAAUUUAAUAAAUGACCAAGUAUUCUCAGUUUGUAAGAAAGGUGUUAAAGUAGUAAAUGUAGCCAGAGGUGGAAUCAUUGAAGAGGCUGCCAUUAAGAGAGCUAUAGAAUCUGGGCAGUGUGGAGGAGCAGGUCUAGAUGUGUUUGAAAGUGAGCCACCCAAAGAUUUUAGUUUAGCAAAGAUGCCACAAGUAUUAGCCACUCCACAUUUAGGAGCAAGUACAACUGAAGCACAGAAACGAGUGGCUGUUGAGAUUGCAGAACAAUUUGUAGAUGUGGUGCGAGGAAAAAGUCUAUUUGGUGCUAUAAACGCACAUGCCAUGACAAAUGCUUUGAGUCCUGAAUCUCGACCAUGGGUAGAACUUGGUAGGAAGUUAGGACAAGUGGCAGCAGGUUUAAACCCAGGAAAUGUAGAACAUAUGCAAGUCACAACUUACGGACCAUCAUUGAAACAAGCUGGAUCCUACUUGAGUGCAGCUAUACUCUCAGGAUUACUACAGAACUCUCCUGCAUUAGGAGGAGGGGAUAGUCCAACUCUAAAUCUAGUUAAUUCUCCAGCCUUAGCAAAACAAAUGGGAUUAAAUGUAAAGAACACCCACGAAGAAGCAGCUCCAGCGCCAUAUACUAAUGUAGUGUCAGUGACAUUCAACAAUGGAUUCCGUCUGUCAGGAACAACAUCUGGUGGUAAUGCCCUUCUCAUUGAAGUCCAAGGUCAACAGUUCUCUGUACCUGCCUCACUGAUUGAUGUAGCUUUACUCUUCAAAGGAACUGGUAACCCUCAGUUACUACCAAGUGUAGCAGGUGCUUUAGCUAGUGCUGGAAUGUGUGUAUCAAGUUUGACAGUUUCUGUUGAGAAUGAUGGACAGAAAUGGGGUGUGGCCACUUUUGCCACACCUCCAACAGAAAAAUGUCUGGAAGUUCUGAAGACAAUUGUAAAUGCUGCAGUCCUUGUAACUCUAUGAGAACAAUAUGUAGUUUUAUUUUAGUUAUUUAUAAGAACCAGGGAUUGGUCUGAGAUUUCUCUAAAGUCAAAAUGAAAGGAGAAUUCAAGUUAUUAUUUACUUUUGAGACAGUUAUAUUGUUGAGAUAAGAAUAGGGCAAUUAAUCACACACGCAUAUUAUUUCAUUUAAUGUUAUUUUAGUUGUUAUUAAUGAUGUAGGGGGUAAUGUUCAAUCUUGAUAUUGAAAUUUGUUUGUUUUGUUUUGAUAUGAUUUUUUCACCAUUUUUGCAGUAUCCUUAUUGUUAACAAAAAAAUAUUAAAUCAAACUUUUGUUUGUGUCAGAAUCCAUGUUUCAGAAAUUAAGAUGUUUGUAAUUUUUAGAUAAUAAAAUGUUAAUUGUUGAUAUGGUUUUGUUUCAUAUAUAAUUUUUAUAAUUUUAUUAUGAUUUUUAUCAGCAUCCCCUCAUAAUGAAAGAUGAAUCAAGAGACAUCUAAGUCUGUGAUUGGCUGAUGAUGUCUACCAAUCAAUGGAUAAUCAACCAAUGCUGUAGCAUUAUAGUCAUCAGGCUAAUUACCCACAAUUCUUUAUGAUUACUAAGUGUUGUAAGCUGUCAGAAAAAGCUUUUUUUAUGGUUUAUUACUUUUUAGUAUGAAAAAGAAUGCCAUUAAAAUUUAUAGUGCCUUAACUUUAGAGACCUUGUACAAAAUUGUUUGCAUUUAAUUAAAGAAUUGUUUUAUAAAUGAUGCAUUGAGAAAAACAAUGUGUGUAGAAUUUAAGUUUGGUUAAAUUGUAAUAAUUUGGUUACAUUGUAAAGUUUGAUAACAUUGUAAUAAUUUUUUAAUAUAGUUUGCUAUGAAAUUUUAAUUAAUUUUUUAAUUCCAAGAAAACAGAUCUCAUUGCAAUGAGGUGUAUAUAUGGUUCAUCUAAAAAUAGUCACCUUGUCAUUCAGAGUUAUAUUUUCUGACAAGUAUAAGCUGCAACAAAUGUGAAGAUUGGUUGUGCAUUUUUGUCAGAAUAGUUGUUAUUUUUAAAGUCUGAAGACCACUUUAUUAAUCUUAUGCUUUUACAGAAUUCAAUCAAUAAGCAUAAAUGUAUAUAAAUUGAUUACAGAGCAAAAUUCUGUUUUUGUUUAUAGCAUUAUUAAAGCUUUAAGGUGUGGGUGUAAAGGUCACAUGACCAGUACUUAAAGCUUUAAGGUGUGGGUGUAAAGGUCACAUGACCAGUAUUAAAGCUUUAAGGUGUGGGUGUAAAGGUCACAUGACCAGUACUUAAUAUUAUUGUUUAUUUCUGAUUGAAUCUCAUACGUUAUGCAUACUCAUGAUAUUUUUUUGAGGAUUUUUACAUUGAUAUUUUAAUGCCAUGAAGCAUGAUGAAAACAGUUGACGCAAUUUCAUUUUUGUUCUCAAAUAAUAUAUUUUCCUUUACAUUAGAUAUGUACAAUUUAAAUUUCAUAAAGUACAUCAAAACUCUUUUGUGUUAAAGUUGUUUACUCAUCCUGGACUCUGUAAUCUGUAUUCAGAAAUCAUAAGCAAGCACUUUUAUACAACAGAUUUAAAUAUAACAUUUAAACAUUUCAUUGGGCCCUUAUUAAAGGUGGAUGAUAUAAUUUUUACUGGUUGCGGAAAUCAUCAAGAAUUACAAAUUAAGAAAAAAAUAUAUAGGCUUAGUUCGGAUAGGGGAUUUGUUUUUGAGAUUUUUUUUAAAUCUGAUUUUCAGUCUGUUUGUUAUAUUUUGUUUCAACUGUUCCCUAGUUUGUUAUAUUUUGUUGUUUUGUGAGCAAAUGAAGAAAACAGUGCAUAAAGCACAAUUUUUCCUAUCUAGUCUUUUGAUUUUUAUACUGUUUUGUUUGUAAACUGUAUACAUUAUAAUCAUCAUAAAAAACGUUAAUAAGGACAAUUCAUUUAAUCAGCCACUACCAGAGAGGAUAAGAGGCUUGAGGGCUGAAAUUAUAACAUACAAGUUUCUAAGCACUAUUGGUAUUACAUGAUUUCUGAUGAACUGAACUAGUUUUUUGGUUUGAUUAAGAAAGAUAAUUACCAGACGUAUUUACUACAUCAUAAAUGGUACUGUUCAAUAACAUAAACUAUUUCAUACCAGUUAUUAAUGCUGUUACACAAAUUCAAAUGUAAAAUGCAAAAUAAAAUAUUUUAUGAA